CUACUGAUGAAUACAUUAAAUCCCAGUCUGAUGACCCGCUUCACUUACUUGGCGAAUGGACUGUGAGACAGGCACGGAUAUCCCUUUUACUCCUUCAGACAUCCGAAAUUCUCGUUCUGUGAAUUCGAGUCUUUUGGUUGUGGAUAUCACUGUGACCGCAUUGUGUGGGAUAGGCGCAAUCCUAGCCUCCAUCUGCGUGAUUUUUGAACGUUACUGGGUAUCGAAAGAUUACAAUAAGGCUGCUGAAGCUGCGCACACAAAUUUCUAUGAUUCCGCCGAAUACUAUCAUGCGAAACUGCUUAUGCGUUGUGGUAUUCUAGCAAGCUUUUGUGCCUUUGUGGUUGGACUACUGCGUAUCCUGAUGCCAAAGGCUAAAAAUUCAAGGCGAUGCCGGAUUCUCCAGUUCGGCAGCUUGGUAACUGCCUUCGUCAGCAUACUGGCUUCCGUGGCCGCCUGGGCUGACUAUCUACGACACGAUGACCUGGCGAAAUCGGCGGGCUUUGAAAGGCAGAAUUUUGCAAUGUGGCCGUUGACGCCCAACGCUUGGUCAGCAAACGGAUCCUUCAGAAUUGGUGAAAUUCGAAGGGCUGCAAAGAGCCUAUUCGAGACACAUGCACACCACUCGCCCACCAUCCUGCUUGGCUGGGCCUACUGGUUUUCUGUCGCCUCAGUUUUGUUUCUGUUCUUUGCCAAUUUACUUUACCUCAUGCGAAAAGAUUGUAAAACGGACCAACACAAUCAAUCUUUUGUUCCCAACCGACGAACUGGUUAUUUUUGAUGUGAUUGUAUGCCUGUGUGUGUGAGUUGUCUUGAAAAUUUACACUCUUUUCCGUUUGUAUUACCAAUGGCUAUUUUGUUAUGCUGACACAAAUAAAUUCUCG